UUCGUUUGUUUCCCGACUUUGUUCAGGCAUCAAGGCGCUCCCUUCCCCUCUUUGAAAAAGUGGAUCGGGCAGAAACUAUUUUCAAAAAUGACAAUUCUAUAAGCAUUGCGGAGAAAUCAUCAGGAUAUCGCUGAACUCAUGGUAUUCAGCAACGGAGUGACAAUGAAAGUAAAACCGGUUUGACCGAAUCAGGCGGUGCUGAGUGUGAAAAAUGGCUUCCAGGCAGCCGCUCCGGAGCUUGACCGAGGAGAUCAUUUGUCCCAUUUGUCUAGAUUUCUUCAAAGACCCGGUUUCAUUGGAGUGUGGACACAAUUUCUGUCGCUCCUGCAUCACUCAGAGUUGGGAAAGUAGGGAGAUACACUCCUGCCCGGAAUGUAGAAGUGAGUUUCCAGAAGUUAGCCUUAGAGUGAACUGGGCCUUGGCGAAUCUGGCCGAGAAAGCUCGAAAAUUAAAUUUGGAACCGAAUCAGGAGGAAAGUAAACUUCAAUGUGAGCAUCAUCAGGAAGAUCUGAAGCUGUUUUGUGUAACUGAAAAAAAACUGAGCUGUUUAAUUUGUCGACAUUCGCGCGACCACGCAUUCCACAAAUUCCUACCGAUUAGAGAAGCCGUUGAGAUCUAUAAGAAUCGGCUGAAGUCUUCUUUAGAUUCUCUCACAGAGAAGAAAUCGGUGGUUCGAGAAACAGAACUGAAUCAGAAACGGAAGAUUUCCGAAGUGAGGGAGCAAGUGAGCAGUCUGCUGAACGACAUCGCAUCGGAGUUCACGAAAAUGCGCCAGAUUCUCACAGAGAAAGAACAACGUUUACUCCAAGAUCUCAGGGAAGAGGAGAAUAGGAUUAUAGAAACAAUGGAGAAAAAUCUUCAAGACAUCCAGCUGAAAUUAAAUUCUAUUGAAGUGGAGCUCUCAAAGUUACAGAAACAGAUGGAGGAAAAAGACGAGCUGAUAUUUCUGAAGGAGGAGGCUUGUCAGAAGAGAAGGAUCAGUGAGAAGAACCAGUCACUCUCAGUAACAAAUGCAGCCCUGUCUAUUGGAAAAUUCAAUGGCCCUUUGCAGUAUAUAGUGUGGAGAGAAAUGAAAGACAUCAUUAGCCCUGUUCCAGCCUCUCUGACUCUGGAUCCAAACACUGCAAAUCCCUGGCUUGUCCUGUCCCAGGACCGAACCAGUGUGAGACUUGGAGACAAGCCAAAUCAACUACUGAGAAAUGUGAAGCAGUUUGAUCAGUGUACCUGUGUCCUUGGAUUGGAGGGAUUCACAUCAGGGAGACAUUACUGGGAGGUGGGAGUAGGGGACAAGACUGAGUGGGGCUUGGGAGUGGCCCGAGAGUCUUCAGAUAGGAAAGGGGGUGUUGACCCAAGACCAGAGACAGGAUAUUGGGUUGUGUGGCUGAUUCCUGGGAGUGGGUAUUUAGCCAGCACUUGCCCCUCAUGGAUCCGCCUGAGCACAAGUUUGAAUCCCCGGAAGGUCGGUGUUUUCCUGGACUAUGAGGGUGGUCAGGUGUCAUUUUACAAUGCGGACAACAUGUCCCAUCUCCACACUUUCACCCACACUUUCACUGAGACAAUCUAUCCCUUCUUCCAUUUGGGAUCGAAUGACGACAGGAAAAACUCUGCCCCACUGACAAUCUGUGGGAUGAAAGGGCACUGACAGAUCCAUCCCAUAAUUUCACCCGGUCCCCCUGCCUCCUGCCAGCUGUAAACUGAUGGGUUUGGUCUCAGUCACAGGUGGGGAGAGAAACCAGGUUAACACUCUAGGAAUAAACCCUGUAUCGGAACUGGGAACUGAAACAUCAGCAAGGAGCUCUGUAAAGCUGGGGGAAAGAAGGAAACAGAGAAGAAACAAUAGAAGCUCAGUUGCAUGGAUGGACUGACCAGGUAGAAUGAGCUGUGAACUGCAGGAACCUGGGGACCUUGCUGCCAGUAAUGUUGCUCAGCAGGCGGAUGUUUCAGUGCAACAUUGCUGUUCUCAGUGCUAGAUAAUAGAAGCUGCACAUCAUUUAGAGAAUGCAGAGAUAGUAGGAACUGCAGAUGCUGGAGAAUCCGAGACAACA